UUAUGCACUCUUCACUACGAACUCUCUCUACUUAACAAAACACACACAACAAAGUUAGGUUACAAAAAUAGCAACAAGAGAUGGCAAGUAGGUAUGUAGCAGUGUUCCUCGUUGCUCUAACGGUGGUUCAAUCCGUCACCGCCGCAAGACUAACCCCGGCCAAGAAUGUCGGAGCUGGUCUUGACGACCAAAAGAAUUUUGUUGCGUUUGCUGGAGUCGGUGGAGCUGCUGGAGCAGGCCUUGGUGGUGUAGCAGGUGGAGUAGGUGGCGUCGCCGGAGUUCUACCUGUAGGCGGAGGGAUUGGUGGUCUCGGCGGUGGUGUAGGUGGUCUCGGCGGUGGUGUAGGUGGUCUCGGUGGUGGAAUUGGUGGUGGUUCAGGUCUUGGUGGUGGUGUAGGUGGAAUCGGCGGUGUGGGUGGACUCGGUGGUGUAGGUGGCAUAGGCGGAGUUGGUGGUUUGGGAGGAAUUGGCGGCGGAAGCGAUUGCGGUGGCGUUCUUCCUCACCCUUGAUGAUAUAAACGUUUAUUUUCCUUCUCUCAAUAAACCAAAGAUCGAUCGCGAGAGGUUCAUUGUUAUUUAUAUUUGUUCAGUUUUAUCAUGUCGUAAGUUGUUUUUCCCCCGAUGUUAAGUUUAAGUCUUUGUUUUUAUCAGUUUUUUUAUUAAUUGUACUUGUGAGAAACCUUGUGCUAUCAAUAAAUAGAGUAUUUUUCGUGUGGCAAAA